CCCUCCUCUCCUGACGUCAACGUUCGAAGCGAUCGAGACGCCAGUUGCCGUAGAAACUGCAACAGGCGGCUGUGCUGGGAGCUGGCGGAAAAAAAAAUCGAAAGCAUUUCACAUCGAGUGGAGAAAAGAUGAGCAACGGUGUUUUACAUGCCCCACCAGUCAGCAAGGACCGAAUCAUCUCUAAAUUUCCCAAGUGUUACUUACCUGAAGCCUGUCUCCAAUUUAAAGAUCAGUUCCACAUUCAAGUUAAAAAUGCCUGCCACGAACGACAAACCAGAAAUGUCGGACUCAAAAUGUCAAAGGUGGUGGUGGUUGGGGACCUCUAUGUGGGAAAAACAUGUCUUAUUAAUAGAUUUUGUAAAAAUGUGUUUGACAGAGACUACAAGGCUACAAUUGGAGUUGAUUUUGAAAUAGAGCGGUUUGAAGUUGCUGGAAUUCCAUACAAUCUACAAAUUUGGGACACAGCAGGGCAGGAGAAAUUCAAAUGCAUUGCCUCUGCAUACUAUCGAGGUGCUGAAGUCGUUAUAAUAACCUUUGAUUUGGCUGACAUACAAACCCUGGAACACACAAAACAGUGGCUAGAGGAUGCACUGAAGGAAAAUGAACAGGGUUUAAGUACCAUAUUUCUUGUUGGCUCUAAGAAAGACUUAUUGUCGCAGGCUGAAUAUGAGCGAACAGAAGCUGAUGCCAUUAGGAUGGCUACUGAGAUGCAAGCAGAGUAUUGGGCUGUGUCUUCAAAAACAGGUGAAAAUGUGAGAGAAUUCUUCUUCAGAGUGGCAGCCCUGGCAUUUGAAGCAUCUUUACUGAAAGAACUGGAAAGAAAUGACUUUCCCUCUGCAAAGAUUGGUGAGGGCAGCACCAUCCGAAUGGAUAAAGCUACAGCCGAGUACUCGGGAAGCAGGAUUAAUUCCACCACUGGCUGCUGUUGAAAUUCAAUGUGCAGCAUUUCAUAACACUGGUUAAUCCUCCAUUUGGUUCGUAUACCAUAGUAUUGGCAAGCAUAAUACAUAGACUGCAGUCUGAUGUCAGGUUCAGUACUGAUGGAUUAUGUAAAUAGAAAAACCUGGAAUAACCAGAAACUCCAGAACACCAGGACUCUGAACAGGAAUUGAGUUAUGGGUUGAAGUGGGCCCUUGAGAAAGGGCAUUGAUAAUUUCUGAGGGUAAAAGACAAAUUGUAUUAAUUUAAUAAAGGUGUAUAAAGCAAAAUUCUGAGAUAAAUGCCACUAAUGAUGUUAUUUAUUAAUUUGGAUUAAGGAGUAUUUAGUUACUAAUACCACUAACAUUAAGGCACACAAGUGGAGUUUGAUGUCUAUAAAAAUCAUUUUUCUAAAUUACCCUUGUGUGAAACAGUAGUUAUUUUUCUAAAUUGCUGAAUGUUCUUGAGAUCAUUGAAUGUAUUUUUUAUAAAAUAUGAACAUAUCAUUUUCCAUUAUUAACAAGAUUAUUUUCAUGAUCAAGAUCCACAAUUGGAACUCUGAGGAUGUCAAGGGAUCGUUAACAUUUUUUGGUGUAAAGACAAGUGAACAUUAAUAACUGAGGUGAAAGCCUCUGAAUGGAACUUUUAAUUAUUAAGCAAUGCUAAUCUUCAGUCCCCAAUGCUGGCAUUAAUUUUUUGUUGUCAGUCAAAUGUAGAAUCCUGUUUUAUGUACCAAAUUCGAUUGGAGUUUAGAACCACCAAAAGAUUUUGGCAUAUAAGAGGUCUAUGUCUGUGAGUGAUAAGGUAGUCAUAGGUUUAUGCCUUUUCCCCUUCAAUGAUGAAUCCUAAACUUUAUCCUUGCAUCUAGGAGAACUGCUAGGGAAACCCAGGAACUUCUACAUGAAGAGGGAGAGAGAAAUCCUAAAUUAUUUAGGUAGUUUGAAUUGUUCUUAUGACUAAUUGCUGAAAUAGGAAUGACUUUGAUAGAGCUAUCCAAUUGUUUUUAUAUUUGCAAUGUUGAAUAAGGUUUAAAAACAUAUAGAAUCCCUGGCCAGCAAUAAAUCUGUGACAUAAAUGAUGUUUUAAUUUAGUCUGAUAGAGGUUUAUCCAAAAUAUUGCUGUUUUAACUCCUCCACGGAAUUCAAAUUAUGCUACUUAGACAGAUUGGACAAGAGAACAGUUUUGCUGAUAUGUUUUCCUCAUAGGAUGCGCGCGCGCACACACACACACACACACACACACACACAAGCUGGAUAGUUGUUCCCUCCUUCCCCUGUACUGGUACCAAUGUCCAUGAAUUUGAACCUGUUUUUCUCACACCAAUCUUUGAGUCAGUGUUUGUGUUGAUCCUGUGACAGUUAUCUUGUGGCUCAUGCAGUAAUCUAGAGGUUAUUACUUUUUUUGGUUCUAUUUUUCAGUUUAGCUCCUCGCUGCUCAUAUUCUCUCAGCAGAGCCUCAUUCCUCUUUCUACCUAUAUUGUUGGUACCUACGUGGACCACAAGAACUGGAUCUUUCCCCUUUCACUGCAAAUUCCACUGCACUCCAAAUGAAAUAUCUUGAAUCUGGGCACUAGGCAGGCAACACAGCCUUUGGGACUCUCGAUUUUGGCCAUAGAGAACAGUGUCUAUUCCCCUGAUAAUACUGUCCCCAAUUACAACUACAUUUCUCUUUUCUCUCGCCUUUUGAUUGACUAUGUGCACCGUGAUGUACAGAGUACAGAGAAGGUUCACCUGGAUGUUGCCUGGUCCCCAGGGCAUUGACUGUCAGGAAAGGUUAAAAAGACUAGGAUUGUUUUCACUAGAAAGACAGCGGCUGAGAAGAGACCUGAUAGAGGUUUACAAAAUUAUGAGAGACAUAGAUAGGAUGAAUAAUCAGAGGCUUUUUCCCAGGGUUGAAGUUUCAAUUACAAGGGGGUACAGGUUCAAGGUCAGAGGGGGAAAGUUUAAGGGAGAUGUGCGAGGGAAGUUUUUCACGCAGAGAGUGGUAGCAGCCUGGAAUGCACUACCAGAAGAGGUGGUGGAAGCGGGAACAUUGAAGACAUUUAAGAGGCAUCUAGAUGGGUACAUGAAUAGGGAGGGAAUAGAGGGAUAUGGAUCGAAAAAUGCUAGGUUUGUUUUUAGAUUAAUUAGGGCAUGAUGGUCGGCACAGGGUUGGAGGGCUGAAGGGCCUGUUCUUGUGCUGUACUCUUUCAUUUGUUCAUUUGUUUGUUCAUUUGUUCAUGAUGCUGUGGUCAGUUUGCUCAUCCUCCCUACAGCUCCUGCUCUCAUCCAGACAGGAAGCAAGAAUCUCAAACCCAUUAGACAAGCUCAAGCACUGAGGCUCCUUCGGCAUUACCUCCUGGAUCCCUCUAUCUGCUUCUCUUAUAUUCUACCUGACCACUGACCGAAUUCCAGAUAGUUCAUCAAAGGGGUAUGACUGCCUCCUGAAACACAGCGUGCAGGUAAUUCCACCCCCAUUCCCCGAUGUGUUGCAGUUUUCAAGGUUCAGACUGCAGCUCAUGAGCUCUGAGCUGGGGUUCCUCAGGCAGUCAAUGCUUGGGGCAUUUAAGUGGCUAUUAGAUAGGCAUGUGGAUGAUAGUAUAAGGCAGGGGUGGAGGUUAGAUAGACCUUAGGUUUAGGGUACAAGUUCGGCACAACAUCGUGGGCCAAAGGGCCUGUACUGUGCUGUACUGUUCUGUGUUCUGUGUGUUCUGUACUACAGAUGGGUUAUAACAAAUCACAGUGGGGUCCACCAGCUCCCAAACCAUGCAGGUACAACAUAUCAGCUGGCCCUGUGACUCUAUUUUAUUUACUUAGUUCUUCAUUUAAUUUUUAAAAGAUUUGCUGCUCUUUUAGUUUGUAACCUGUAAAUAUUUCCUCUAUUUACUUUCAAUUGCAAAAAACAAUAAGGUCUUGUUUGCGCGAUAAGCUGGAAAUUUAAACUCAUGCCCUUCACCGUUUCCAAAACUUUCAGUUCCCUGGCCCCCAACACCUCAUCUUCACCAUAAUGUACAGUCCUUUUACACCGGUAUCCUCCUCCAUAGGCCCAACCAGUCCCCCUCCACUGACACUGUCAUUCCCUUGGCAGAACUGGUCCUCACCCUCAAAAUUCUUCCAUUGAUUCCUCCCAAUCCCUACAAACCAAAGGGGUGGCCAUGGGCACCCACAAGGAGCCGAGCUUUGCCUGCCUCUUUCUGGGAUUCUUGGAACAGUUCCUCUUCCACAACUAAACAAGCACAGCCCUCACCUCUUUCUCUGCUAUAUUGAUGACUGCAUCAGUGCUGCCUUGUGCUCCCCUGAAUGAAGUAACCUGCAAUUACAAUUGUUCACACUUACUUCAAAACAUUGAUUGUCUGUUUUUGAAAGUUUGUUUCAUCGAAUCGUCAAGCCAUGGUGUUUCUGUUUCAUUAACAUGUUGUAGAAUCUUGUCAAAGUAAUGCAGAGUUUCUGACAUUUCCUUCAAAAGAAGUCAAGCAGGUGCUUUUUAUAAAUUAUGCUAUUUUGUCAUCAAAUCACUAAACUGCUGGCACAUUUAUUUAGUACAAAGUGUAUAUGUCUUGAAAUAUGUUCACCGACCAUUCAUCUGCUGGACUUGUCCAUUUUCACCUUGCGAUUCAUUAAGGAUGAUUGCGUACUAGAAUUACUGGUUAUGUUUAUUUUGCCCACUUACAAAAUUAUUGCGAUAUCCAAAUUGGUUUAUGCAAAUUGUACUUUCCUUUUAAUUUAGCACUAAGUUGUUUCUGCUACAAAAGAAUGGAAACAGAAUUAAAUUCAACAUUUUGG